AUGGCCUGGAGAAGCGGUCGGCUGCUCAGGACUGUGGCUGUCGCUUGUCCACAUGCCUGCUCUCUGUCGAGCAUAUGCGGCCACUGGGUUCCUCGCAACACCAGUAAGCUGGCAGAAGCCUCUCCAAACUGGCCAGGACUUGCGCGGUCCCUCGCGGCCUCGCGGGUGGGACGGGAGCACCGACAAAGGCGGGAGCACCCGCGCUGGGGUGCUCCACCGGCGGGGUCUGACAGGCAGCAGGCAGCAAUCAGCAAGGCAGCAGACCGCUGCGGAUGGUCCGUGCACGGGCCUCGAAGGACUGAGGACGACUUAGUCCGUGCAGCGGUCCUCGCCUGUGGGGUCACCUGGUUGGCGGGGUGGAGGUCCUGCAAGGCGGCUGCUGAGCCUCUGCGCAAGGAAUGCGCAGCCGUCCGAGGCGUGCGCCAACCAACCGCCAAGCACGCAAGUCAACCGUCCGAACCAUGGGAACCACAGGAAAUCCAGGAUUCCAGGAACCGGCAGGUCGAACAUGGUGGCAGUCGCCUGUCUUCCGCCGCAAUCCUCAUGGGUUUGCAUAUGUGCAUCCGUCACGCCCUGGCGGUCUUCGGCCAUGUAGAGUUGUUCGUAUAA